GAAGGUUGGUUGAGGAGUGCGGAGUUUGAAACGAAGCUGGAAAAAUGUUCCGCACCGUAAACUGCAGUUACUUCACCCUCAGAACCACCCUGCGACUCCGUACCUUUCUCUCUUCCACUUCUUGCUCUUCUUCGGCGGCUAACACACCUUGGUCAUCAUCGUCGUCUUCUUCGUCUCUCUACCCGACCUUGUUGAUGACUUCACUCAUCUCUCUCCCGCACUCGUAUUCACACUCUUUUCUUCCUUCGCUUCCCGGAACAGCAAUAACACCAACCCAUGCUUCUUUCUCUCAAUCCGUUCCCAGCAAGACGCGCGAUAUCGGCUCCAAUGUCGGUUUGUCCGUUAUGCGGUGCAUUUCUUCUUCUUCUUCUCCUUCCCUUCCCACUCUCGACUGGAACGACGCCGUUUUGUGCUCUGAGGUUGGCGACGGGAGAGAUGGAAGCGUUGAGAAAGAUUCCAAAACCUCCAUUCCUGUUAGAGCCUUCUUCUUCUCUACAAGUGUUGAUUUAAAAAGCUUGGUGGAACGGAACAAACCAAACUUUGUCACGCCAUCAUCAAGGAUGACCAAUUAUGUUGUUCUCAAGUUUGACAAUCAUUCUAAAUCGGGGGGUCUGGGUACUUCUUUUUCGAGAGGAAGCAGUAGCUGUUACAUGGUGGUUUUUCAGUAUGGUUCCAUUGUAUUGUUUAAUGUUCCCGAGCAUGAGGUUGACGGGUAUUUGAAAAUUGUUCAAAAGCAUGCAUCUGGUUUGCUUCCUGAAAUGAGAAAGGAUGAGUAUGAAGUUAGAGAAAAACCCGCUUUAAGUACAUGGAUGCAAGGUGGACUAGAUUACAUAAUGUUACAAUACCUGAAUAUUGAUGGAAUUCGCACUAUUGGUAGUGUUUUGGGUCAAAGCAUUGCUCUUGAUUACUACGGACGACAGGUCGAUGGAAUGGUUGCAGAAUUUACAGACAUAAACCGAGAGAUGGAAGCAACUGGAAAGUUCCAAAUGCAGAGGAAAAAACUUUUCCAGUUGGUGGGGAAGGCAAAUUCAAAUCUUGCUGAUGUGAUCCUUAAGCUUGGACUAUUUGAGAGAUCAGAUAUUGCUUGGAAAGAUGCCAAAUAUGCUCAGAUAUGGGAGUAUCUUAGGGAUGAAUUUGAAUUAACUCAGAGAUUUGCUAGUCUUGAUUUCAAGUUGAAAUUCGUGGAGCACAAUAUCCGUUUUCUUCAAGAAAUUCUUCAAAACAGGAAAUCUGACUUUCUAGAGUGGCUCAUUAUUGCUUUGAUUGGUGCUGAGAUUCUUCUCUCUCUCUAUGACAUUGUCCAUCGCUCUCCGGUGAACCUUUAAUAGCGUUCCGAUUUGGGGCAUGAAGGGGUCCAGCAUACUAGGCCGUUGGCGCUAUUAAGAUAAAUAGAUUUAGACCCGCAAAAUGUGUGGAAAACUAAUGCUAUUAAUUUUUCAUACUAAUGUUUUAGAUAACUAAAAUGAUAUUAGAGGAAUUAUUAUAGUUAGUUAUAAAACAAUCUUUUUAGCUCUUAAAACAAAUAUAAUAAAUUUUAUAGGAAAAUAUAAUGGUAGUUAUAUAACGAAAACUCAUUCGAUCAAUCUAUACUAUAUAUAUUGAAGUAUUUGAUAAA